CAUAAUUUCCAAUAUGGCCGAUAAGCAUCGGCUUUGUAAUUUUCUAUUUUAAAAAAGUCUAUUAUAUUUAAAUAAUUUUAAUUUAGCAAACAAUUAUGUCGGAUUACUUAAGAUCAGCGCUUGGGUAUUUAAAUGGUAAUUCUAGCAGUAAUGAAUUCGUAGGGCAAGUGCUGGAAAUUAAUAAUGUGAAAUUACGAGUGAAUAGAUUGAUUGCUGAGGGUGGAUGGGCUUUAGUAUUUGCUGUAGAAGAUAUUGCAACUGGUAAAGAGUAUGCAUUAAAGAGACUGAUAGCAGUAGAUGAAAAAGCUAACAAAAGUAUUAUUCAAGAGAUAGAAACAUUAAAGAAAUUAUCAGGGCAUCCUAAUGUAAUUCAAUAUUUAUGUGCGCAACGAAUAGAAAAAGAAGAUAAAAGAGGAUGUGAAUAUUUAGUAGUAACAGAAUUAUGUCCUGGCGGUAAUUUGGCUGAUGUACUUCGUGGAACAACUUCAAAUUCAUUAUCUCUAGCUCAAAUAUGCCGAGUAGCUUAUCAAGCAACAAAGGCAAUCCAUCAUAUGCACAGUCAACAACCUCAACCAAUAGUACAUUUUGACAUAAAAUUAGAAAAUUUUUUAUUUGGAGCUGACGGACUUAUAAAACUGUGUGAUUUUGGUAGUGCUUCCACGCAGCAAAUCUUGCCAGAUCCGUCAUGGAACGCUCAAAAACGUUCUAUGUUAGAAGAUCAAUUGGCGCAAUUUACAACCCCGAUGUAUCGAUCUCCAGAGAUGUUAGAUACUUGGAAUAAUGAGCCUAUUGGCCCACCAGUUGAUUGUUGGGCUUUAGGUUGUAUAUUAUACUCUUUAGUUACUCUUCGGCACCCUUUUCCAGAAGGAAAUAAAUUAGCAAUUCUUAACGCAAAAUACUCACCUCCAAAUCCAAAUCCACAUCUUUCAUGUGUUCAUGAAUUGAUAAAAGGUUGUCUAGAGCCGUCACCAAUUAAUCGUAUGACAACGUCAACUCUAUUAGAAAGAUUAGCUGCUAUUGCUGAGUCAAAUAAUUUUGAUCCACGAGAACCAGCUAAAAUAGAGGUUAAGGCUGCGCCACCACCAAGACCUGCCCCACCGCCACCAUCAAGUCCUGUACCGCCGCCAAGACCGAAUCCUCCAUCAGGACAACCAUCAUCUAAUGCUCCACCACCUAGACCUACACCUAUGUAUCAACCUGCACCUCAAAAAGCAUCAGGAAGCCACAGUUCUGGUUUAUUUAGUUCUUUAAAAGGCGGAGCAGGGAGUAUAUUUCGUAAUUUGAAAGAUACUUCAACGAAAGUUAUGCAUACUGUGCAACAGAGUAUGGCAAGGACUGAGUUAGAUGCAAGUUAUUUAACAUCAAGGAUUUUAAUUAUGCCAUAUCCAGCUGAUGGUAUAGAAUCUGCUUAUCGAUCAAAUCAUGUGGAAGAUGUGCGAGCAUAUCUUCAAACUAGGCACCCUCCUCCAGCGAAAAUUCAACUCUACAAUCUCUCUCGUGGACGACCUAAUGUUAUUAGAUUACCUGGUAAACAUAUUGACUGCACUUUUGCCUAUGCUUCGCCAGACUCUGCAGCUCCCCUUCUUUCUGCUCUCUAUCAAAUUUGUCAGGAUAUUUAUAGAUACCUUGAUGCCGAUUUUAAUCACAUUGUAGUACUUUAUUGUACAGAUGGAUGUCGAGCCAGUGCCACUAUAGCAUGUGCUUUGCUACUUUAUGCUGGAGUUUUAUCAACUCCGGAAGAAACAAUUACGCUUUUUACAACACGAAGAUGUCAACCUCCUCAAUUACAGCCUUCAGAACUUAGAUCAAUUAAUUAUAUGAGUUUAUUACAUUUUGGAACACUUCCCCACACAAAACCUGUAGCUCUGAGAUCUCUGCUUUUACAACCAGUUCCUUUAUUUACCCGAGCAAAGGAUGGUUGUAGGCCUUACGUUGAUAUUUACAGUAAUGGGGCGUUAGUUUUUUCUACUAAAAAAGCAGAAUAUGAAGAUAUGAAAUUAUUCGACAUGAUGGAGGGAAAGGCAUGUUUAAUUUUAGGUGAUGCCACUGUUCGUGGAGAUGUUACAAUAGUUGUUUUUCAUGCAAGACAACAACUCGGUCGUGUAAUAGGAAUAAAAAUAGCAUCGUUUCAUUUUCAUACGGGUUAUAUUUCUCCUUCAGAAAAUACUUUGACUUUUGAGAAACAAGAUUUAGAUGAUACUCCAGAUGUAGGAGGCAAAUUUAAGAUUAUGCUGAAUGUUAUUAUUGGUGAAGAAAAUUCGAAGCCUUCAAGAAUUCCAGCACCGUGGGAAGUAGAAGCUUCAAAUGAUCAAGAUUUAAGACCAGAUCCACUAUUUGGAUCUACUUUAGAGAUGGAAGAAACUCUAGAAAACUUUAGAACCUCAAACAAAGGAGAAGUAUCACCACCACGCCGGCCGUCUUUGCCAAUGGAAAGAGAACCUCUCGUGGAAAAGACCUCCGAACCAGAAUUGAAAUUAGAAGAACCAGUAAUCGAAGAAUCUAAAGAGGAGAAAUUUGAAGAGGCAGUUCUUUUAGACUUUGGCUUACCGUCAUCUCAAGAAUCUUCUGUUCCGAAGCCAUCGUCUUCAGUACCUACUCCAAGUAUGGAUAUAUUUUCUAACUCAUCACAGAAUGAAAAUGACCUAUUUGGCGGAUUUACUUCGUUUAAUCCAGCUACAUCAAACGAAAGUACUCAGCCGGAAACAAGUAAAUCCUCAAAUGAUCUAUUCUUUGGAAAUAUGCAAAACUCGAUGAGCAAUGAAAAUACUAAUGACUUAUUGAAAGAAAAUCAAUCAAAGAAAACAAACAGUGACUUUUUAUUUGAUCCUCUGGGAGGAAAUAGUUCAAAUGAUCUCUUAAACAAUUGGACAAAUAAUACGAAAAGUAUGGGUGGCUUAAAGACUCCUGGCGAAGAAUUUCCCCGCAAUGCCAGUGUACCAAACUUUGGAGCACAAAACAAAGAUCCAUUUGCAAAUUUAGCUGGUUCAAUGGGAGCUGGUCUCAACGUCAGCUGGAAUGGUACACCACGUGAAUCUAAUACUCCUCAAUCGACUAGUCCAGCAGCUGGAACACCAGUCCAUUCUAGUCCACGCAUGCAUAAUAAAAUUAAUCCAUCAGCUGAUAUUAAUUUUGAUUCAGUGAAUUCUAAUAAUAAACAAACUAAAUCUGGUGAUGCUUUUGAAGAUCUUCUUGGUAGUCAAGGUUAUAAUUUCUUUAGUUCAAGAAAAACAGAUAAAGAUAGUCCGAAAACUAUCAAUCAAAUGCGUAAAUUGGAAGCAGCUAAAACAAUGGAUCCCGAUAGAUUAAAAGUUUCAGAAUGGACAGAGGGUAAAAAGGGUAAUUUGCGAGCACUUUUAUGCUCAUUACAUACAGUUUUAUGGCCUGAGGCAGACAGAUGGCAAAGAUAUGAGAUGCAUCAACUUGUCACUGCUGCAGAUGUUAAAAAAGCUUAUCGAAAAGCUUGUCUUGCAGUUCAUCCUGAUAAGCAAACUGGAACUGCAAAUGAAAAUAUGGCAAAACUCAUCUUCAUGGAAUUAAAUAAUGCUUGGAGUGCAUUCGAAAAUGAUGCAUCACAACAGAAUUUAUUUAGCUAAUUUUAUGAUAUUGAAAAUAAUUGUUAAAAUGAAUUCUACAGAUAUUUAAAUAUUUUUAUCAAGUUAUUUUAUAACUUUUUUUUUCAAGUUAAAAAGACUUAUUUAGCCAACUGUGCGCAUUAGUAAUAUUUUGUUUAAACUGUAAGAUAAAUCUUAUGACAUUCCAACAAUAUUACUAUUUAUCGUAGUCGUGUUGUCUCUUAUCAAACUGUUAGUCUUAUAAAUUACCUAAUGGAUAUAUCAAUCAAUGUCCAUUUACGAAAAGUUAUUGUAAUUUAAUUUUAUUGCAAAGAUAAAUUACUGUGUUCGUUUUAUCUUUAAAUCUUCAAAAUCAUGUUUAGGAAAAAUAAUUAUAUGUAUAUAAUGCAAUGUAAAUUUACCAGAUCCCGAAUAUACA